CAUACGGGGGAUUGAAUGUGUGUGUGUUCCGCAUUGUGUCCGAAAUGGCAUCCUACUUCCUAUUCCCUACACACUGCAAAGUGCACUCUGACUGUUUUGCAUCCAUUAAGCUACAACCGUUUGGACAGUGAGCUUUUACAGAGCAUCGUGGGACUUUAGGACUGCGCCAGAAAUUCUGCAACAGACAUGAAUCUGAAACUGUAAAAGUCUCAAACUAGUGCACUAUAGAGUGAAUAGUUGGUUGCUUUAGACGCAGGAGCGCACGCACGCGAUGAGCUCGGAGCUGGAGCGCAUGUCGCUGAAGUCGCGGGCGAACUCUGUGAGCUCCGGCGGUCGCUCUCUCUCGGUGAACGUGCAGCGGCUGCACGACUCUCUACACGUGUUGCUCGGCGACACCGAGCGCGAGCAGUUCGCCCACUGCCUAAGCGUGUACCACGCCAAGCGCAACGUCUACGACCUGGUGCAGACGCUUAAAGUGAUUCUCGACACGCCUGGAAAACGCCAACUUCUACCCAUGCUGCGCCUCGUGCUCCCCCGCGCAGACCAGCUGUUGUUCGACCAGUACACGUCCGAGGGCCUGUACUUGAAAACAGAACCGCCUACGUCUGCCGUGGACACGUACCGCCCCGGAGAAGUAAAUCACGCAGGCUGCGUUCAGAGCGCCCACGUGCGCGCUCCCUCAGUGCAUUUCGCAGGCGCGUUGGAUUUCAGCACCGCAGGUGAAGGGACAGCGCAGGACGACACACGUCACGUGACCCUGAAACGCACCAAGAGCAACGAGGGCCUCGGGUUCAGCAUCCGCGGCGGCGCAGAGCACGGAGUGGGGAUCUACGUGUCUCUGGUAGAGCCGGGCUCCUCGGCAGAAAGAGAGGGACUCCGCAUUGGAGACCAGAUCAUUAGAGUCAAUGAAGUGGUGUUCGACCGGGUCACCCAUGGAGAGGCAGUAAAGGUGCUGAAGGGAUGCAAGAAGCUCUGCUUAUCAGUGUGUUCUAUGGGGCGGAUCCCUGGAGGUUAUGUGACCAAUCAUGUGUACACAUGGGUAGACCCUCAGGGUCGAAGCAUUUCUCCGCCCCCUGACCUGCAGGAACAGCAUACUGUAGGCGGGCGACACUUUAACAGCCAGCGGCGUGGACACGCCCCACAACAGGGGGCGGAGAGAAGGGUCACCAUCUCCUUGGAUGAUGGACGUCCGCUGGGACUGAUGAUACGUGGAGGAGCAGAAUAUUCCCUCGGCAUUUAUAUAGCCGGAGUGGACCACGGAUCAGCAGCAGAGUGUGGAGGAUUAAAGGUUGGAGAUCAGAUUCUGGAGGUGAACGGGCACAGUUUCCACAGCAUUGCACACGACGAGGCUGUGCAGAUCCUCAAAAGCUCCCGUCACAUGCUGAUGACCAUAAAGGACGUAGGACGACUUCCUCAUGCUCGCACCGUAGUUGAUGAGACCAAGUGGAUCUCAAGCCCACAAAUUGCAGAGAGCUCAGCCAGUGCUGCCCUGAGUGUGUCAGGAGACGGUGGUGCAGGGAGCGCCGGAAAGGCCCUGUUGUCCAUGGCUCUGGCCCCAGGACUUAUGGGGACUCGGAGUUCUUUGGAUGAGCAGGCCUAUCUGCUGCUGACCGAGGCAGAGAGACAGACCAUGAACUAUUACAUCCAGGAGUACCAGAGUGGCCACAUUGGUGUGGAGCCUCUCGCCAUGGCCCUGUUCGAGCUCUUCAACACACACGCCAAGCUUACCUUGCUGGCAGAGGUGCGUACACUUAUUGCUCCUCAGGAUCUGGAGUGUUUUGAUGGCCAGGUUAUUCACCAUGAGAUGCAAUCGUGGAGGGUGAGACAUGGAGGCCUGGGCCUGCUGCAUCACUCCAAACCCAUCUGUAGCCCUCAUACUGAGGGUCAUGUCCCAUCUGCUUGCCAGUUGACUGCUUCAGCAAUGGGCUAUGCUAAGAAUGAGUGCAGGAUGGAUGGAAGCGUGGAGGCAGGACCUGCGGGGGCUUUUAACUCCCUACCGGAAAUAGCUUUGGAUGAAGUGCAGCCUCGCAUUGAGUCUCCACCUAAUUUCAGACCACCACCUCCACCUGUACACGGAAGUCCGAAGAUCCAGCUCAAGCGUCCCGCGUCUAAACUGUGCCAAACCAACCUGCUCUUUACACCACCCUGCAGGAUGCACCAGGAAACUCAUUCUCUUAACCACACCGAACCACACAUCCACCCAUCCUGCUCAGCUCACACUUCCCCAUGCACUGUCCACCACAGCUCCUCCCCCUGUGUCUCCCAUCGCUCUCCUCCUCCCUGCUCCCUCCAUCGCUGCUCUCCGUGUUCUCUGCACCGUUCUGGAUCCUCAGCUGCACCUAUAGGCAAAGACCUCAUCCAGUUUCUUAUGAGCAAGCAGGUAGCCGUGUUGCCUCCCCAUCCGGAAUCUGCAGGCCGCUCGCGAGCUGCGACCCCCACCCCCGGCGGCUCCGCUCGCUCCUCUCCAUCCCUCUCACCUUCUCUGCGUAUACCUGCACCGCCACCAUGCAGCCCAGAAAAACCAGAGGUCACCAUUUCGGCACCCGAUAUGAGCCCCAGCAUGAGUCAUCACCUUAGAAUCAACCCUGAGCAGGAGACUGUGGAUGAGAAGAUGCGGAUCCAACCACGAGGGGCUACUCUAUCGCAGCUCUCAGACAGUGGACAGACGCUGAGCGAGGACAGUGGCGUGGACAUAGCAGAGGCAGGGGGAAUGUGCAAGGACAGCAGUCCUCGUCCUAGUAAAGUCGUAUUCCAGAAUGCAUCAGGAGAGGCCCAGAGGGCAGAGAGAGCACCUUGUCACCAGUCUGUGCAGUCACGGCCUACGUUGGUACGUGUGUCCAAGAGCGCUAAUACACUCGGCAUCGCUGUGGAAGGUGGCGCCAACACUAGACAGCCUCUUCCUCGCAUCACGACUAUACAGAAAGGAGGCUCAGCUCAUCUAUGUGGGCAGUUGCGGGUAGGUCAGGUGAUCCUGGAGGUCAACGGCAUGUCUCUCAAAGGCAUGGAGCACCGAGAUGCCGCACGUGUCAUUGCGGAGGCCUUUAAGACCAAAGAAAAGGACUACAUUGACUUCCUGAUUGCCGACUUUAAUGUUGCUCUAUAAAAGGUUACAGAAACAUAGCAUAAAGAGAAGCAGACAUUGCACCUUAAUGAACUUGGACACAGGUGGACAGUAAGCACAUAUACAGAAGGAUUUGGCCAAGCUGGAGUCCCAUAAGUGAGAAAUGUCCUUCAUCUUCCCCGAUCAUAUUGCCUGCUUAUUAUCCAGACUUCACAGGGUCACAGAAAUGAGGUCCUGCUUUGCUUUCAUUCUGUAUUUGUGUCCCACCAGGCAUCUGGGAUCUGUGCAUGUUUAUGAGGUAGGAUAUGAUAAUGAGACAAGUGCUGAGGUUUUAGGUUGAUUAUUAAAAUCCAUCUUGUCAAGCAGCAGGAAAAUGAAAGCUUGAAAUGACUUGUCUCUGCCCCAUGCUCAAGGACAUCCCAGUGCAGGCCAGAGAUAGAUGGAGAGAGCUAAUGGAUAGUGCUUAAAAUCCACUUUGUCUGAGCAUGAGCAAUAUGGGUGGCUGGUGGCUUGCCCUCAUUUCACUCUCUGUCCCAUAUUUUAAAUAAUGAUGGGGAGUUUAUAGCACUUUGGAUGCUGCUGUCUGUUUGGCAAAACAGCGCUAGGCAUAAGAAAAGCUGAAGAAGACUGUUAGAUUGAAAAUCCUUUCUCGUCCAGCUCCAGAAACUAAUCUGAUGCACAAAUCGCACAUCAUGACCUAAUUAUUUGUCAUGCUCUAGAUACUUAAAGGAGCAUUUUGUCUACUUCAAUUGUAAUAUAAGCAUUGUCAGACCUUUACCUUUCAACCAACCUGGACCAUGGGGUACAAUUAUAUAUGAUAAGAUGCAGGUUUUAUGGAUUCCUGCCUGUGCAGCUAUGUUGUAGCUGGGUGCUGAACUUAUUUCUAGGCAGAUAAUGAUCUGAAAUGAAGAAACUAUCCAGAUCUAUUGCAUAGAAAAACUUGGCAAAAAUGUGUUUUUCUGAUGCAUCUUUGAAAAUGUUAUAGUAAUAUAGUUAUUUAAUAUAGUAUCAAAUUUCCCCAACAACAUUCUUCAGAGUUUAAUAUUACUCCAUCAGAGCGCAUAGUGGUGAGUUUAAAUGAUUCUUAUCCUCAAUAGAGUAAAGUAUCUAUUGAGUCUCUAAUCUCUCUUGGGUGAUUUUACAUUCUCAGUGCAUAACAUAUCUUGGAGGUGACAAUCUGGGAGAUUAUCUGGGAGGUGGCAAUCUGAGAGAUUAUCUAGGAUGUGAUAAUCUGGGAGAUUAUUUUGGAGGUGGUAAUCUGAGAGAUUUUUUAGGAGGUGAUAAUCUGGGAGAUUAUCUGGGAGGUGGCAAUCUGAGAGAUUAUCUAGGAUGUGAUAAUCUGGGAGAUUAUUUAGGAGGUGGUAAUCUGAGAGAUUAUCUGGUGAUAAUCUGGGAGAUUAUCUGUUUGGUGAUAAUCUGGGAGAUUAUCUGUUUGGUGUAAAUCUGGGAGAUUAUCUAGGAGGUGAUAAUCUGGGAGAUUAUUUAGGGGUGGUAAUCUGAGAGAUUUUCUAGGCGGUGAUAAUCUGGGAGAUUAUCUAGGCGGUGAUAAUCUGGGAGAUUAUCUAGGAGGUGAUAAUCUGGGAGAUUAUCUGAGAGGUGAUAAUCUGGGAGAUUCUCCAAGAGGUUGUGUGUAUAGUUUGGUGAGAAUGGGAAAGUGGGUGAACGAGACGAGGUGGGAAUUUUAUAGCCAUUAAAUAAGAAAACAAGUGGACAGGGUGUGUGGCAGCCUAGUGGUUAAGGUGUUGGGAUACCAAUUGGAAGAUUGUGAGUUUGAUCCCAGGUCCAUCAAGCUGCCACUGUCAGUUGUAUAAGAUAAUGAACGGAUAAGGGCAUCUGCCAAAUGCUGGAAAUGUAAAUGUACAGCAAAAACAGUAAAGAGCCCUGGCAGUACUCUAUUAGUCUGUUAGCAUGAAUACGUCUUCUAUUUUAAUUUACAAAUAAUAUUUUGAAUACGCUGGCACUACACAGCAAUCAGACAAAAAUAUGGGCUGUUCAUUCAGCAGUAAAUGAACAAAAAGUAUUAAGAGAAAACCUUUUAUUUGAUUUCUCCCUCUCUUCACCUCUUCACCUAUGUAGUCUGUGCUCCUGUUUAUCUCUAACAAUCAUCCAUUAGCCACAAAGGCUUUGCCAUGCUGCUCAAAAUGAUGACAGAUCUAUUUUUAGAACGGUUUCUGAUGAGAUGAUUAUUUAGGAGGAUGUUUAGGAUAUAAAUGUUUAUAUAAAUAUUUUUGACAUCAGAUGUAUAAUUCUCUUAGAAUAAUGAUAUAAUUUUGUUUAUAUCUGUGCAUGUCAUAUCCCCUAAAUAGCCCUAUAUAAACAUGCAGAGCAUAAUCAAAUCUCUCUCUCUCUCUCUCUCUCUCUCUCGCUCUCAUUUUCUUUAUCUCUCUCUCCCUCACUUUCUCUCACAUUUUCUCUAUUUCUCUUUCUCUCUCUCUCUCACUCUCACACACUCUCUCUCUCUCUCUCUCUCUCUCUCUCUCUCUCUCUCUCUCUCUCUCUCUCUCUCAGAUAUAAUGACCUUAAUCCUUAAUUAUGUCUUUUAUAUUUACAGGGUCGAUAUCAUGUUAUGAUAUCAUUAUUCGAUAGCUUUAUCAAAACAUGAUCCUGGUUCAUGGGUGUAAUUAAAACAUUAUCUAAUAGGGUAGAACUGUUUCAUCAUGCAUUGUGCAAUCUGUUUA